UCACAGACACACACAGAGAGCUCGUCCUGUAUUUGCGCAUGCGUACACGCACACAAAUUACCUGCUGCAUCCGGGACACCGAGACAUUUUGCGGUUACGUCGUUUGAGAUGCUGUUUUGUGAACUUCUCUAAUUUCAGUCUUGGAUGGAUUGAAUCCUGCACAGCUUGGAGAGCUCAUUUUGUAAAAACAAAAACAGAUUCAUCAGUUAACUUUCAGGAUUAAUAGGCAUUUACAGAAUAGCCAGAGCAUCUGUUCAGGACUCUAGUCCUUCAGACUGUACAUUUGAUCACAGGAAUAGAAAGUGUAUAAAUAUCAAAAUUUGUUAGUAGACUAGGUAAACUGGCAGAGGUAGCAAAGGUGAGAUUCUCUGAUGGUUAGCAAGCAUUACGUUAUUGUAAGAGCACAAAAGUCAGUUAACAUCUUGCAGAGACCAGAACAGCUCUACUGAAUGAAAUUUGGAUGUUUUAUAUAUAUAUAUAUACAGUAUAUAAAACAGACUUUCACUGUUCAUCACCACUGAUUAUUGCUUUUAAAGCAAGACCACAUUCUCUACCAUGUCCAGAGAUGGCAAGAUUGUGGUGGUGGGUGCAGGGUUUGCAGGUUUGGCUGCAGCUAUGUCUUUGAUCCAGGCUGGAUUUCAAAAUGUCAAGAUACUUGAGGCUAAAGACCGAGUAGGAGGUAGAGUCUGCACCACUAAACCAUUUACAGAGAACAUCAUUGAACUUGGAGCUAACUGGAUUCAUGGGCAGAAUAAGAAUUGCCUUUACCAGUUAGCAAAAAAACAUAAUCUGCUAGCUGAAAAAGCUUUGGUAGACCAUUCUGAGAGUUCUCGAGACUACUUUUUUAAGAAUGGCGGAAAACACUUGCCAGAUGAAAUUGUUGAUAAAGUGAAAUCUUUAUUUGAAAAACUCAUCUCCAAGGCAUUUAAGGCCGAGUUGGCUCGCAGGUAUAAAGGCUUUACUUUGGGAGAUUACCUUGAUGUGUCCUAUAGUGAAUCUGAUUUAGCAUCUGCCAAAGAUGGAUCAGGAAUUUUUGAAUGGUGCAAGAGAAGUGAAUGCACAGAUGAGGCUGUCUCCUCUCUAUACGAAGUGUCUGCAUCUCAGGAUAGCGAUUAUAUUGAUCUGGAUGGAGAGUUCUAUAAUUCCCUGGGUCCUGGGGGUUAUCAAGCAAUUUUAGAUCUUCUUCUGAAAGGUCUACCUCCAGGAACCAUUCUGAGCAACACAGCCGUGAAAAGCAUCCAGUGGGACUUGACAACAAACUCCCAAGACAACAAGAGCAAAGAAGAGAACCAUCCUGUAAAAGUGACUUGUGAAAAUGAUGAGAUCUUUGAAGCUGAUCAUGUGAUUGUGACUGUAUCUCUGGGGGUUUUAAAACAACAAGCAAGAACCAUGUUUGAACCUGCCUUACCAAAAUCAAAGCUGGAUGCUAUUGAGAGACUCGGCUUUGGUACUGUGGACAAGAUCUUCCUGUGUUUCACGAAACGAUUUUGGCCAGAAGACUGUGCAGGAAUCCAGCUUGUGUGGGACGAGGGACCUGAAGAUAAAGCAGUCUAUACUAGUCAAGACAAAGACGAUGCAUGGAAAGAGACCUGGUUUAAAAAGAUCUCGGGCUUUGACACUGUGGCUCGCCAUCCUACAGUGCUCUGUGGCUGGAUUACAGGCAGAGAGGCUCUUCAUAUGGAGACACUGCAGGACAGUGAGGUUGGAGAUAUCUGCGUAAGAUUACUCAGAUCCUUUACCAGCUGGUCUGUUCCUGAUGUCUCCAAAGUUCUGAUAACCAAAUGGGGUCAUGAUUCCAAUGUCUAUGGCUCUUAUAGCUUCAUUCCCGAGGGGGUCAAUGGUAUAAAAAAACAAAAAGAACUAGCAAUGCCACUUCCUCCUCAGAUAAAAGCUUCAAACAGUAAGCCGCUACAGGUGCUGUUCGCAGGAGAAGCCACUCAUUUGAACUUCUACACCACAACCCAUGGAGCCUAUCUGUCAGGGGUCAGAGAAGCACAGAGACUCAUUAACCAUUACUCUCAUUAAGCUAUUAAGACAUCUGUCUAUAAAUGAUGGGUAUACUACUAUUUGGUUUUAUUGUUUUACUCUUUUGAAUGAUAAAAUAUGAAAGCUUUUGGUUUUAUGAAUGUAAUCAUUUAUCAAUUAUUGGUGCAGUGUGCAGUUUGUAACAAAGAAAGAAAGAAAAAAUGACUCAGUGAUGUAAUGAAAAUUUUAAUAAAGAAAAAAAAGAUCUGUUGGAUGUGUUUAUUAGCAGUUAAAGGGUAUAUAGGGUUUUGGCCAACAGCAGAAAUCUUUCUAACAAAUAUUUUAGUGUAUAAGUCAACAGUAGAAAAUCUAAAUAUUACUAUGUUUCACUAGGUGGCACUAUUGUACAGUUUACCCUCACUAAUGGUACUAUGUGAAAGUAAACUUUCAGGCAAUGUUCAGAGUAUGUAAAUUGAUUUUAUUUUUUAUUUAAAAACAAGUUAUCAGUCGAUUAUAUGUAAAAUCGAAUAAAGCAAUAAUCCAGAUGAUUUCAUACAUGGAGGUUUCAAACUAAAUACAAUAAUAAAUACGAGACCUGAGCUGAGGCCUAAAAAAAAACGCAACUAGAAUCAGGCUGCCGAGGUUGUGAUUUCAGUUUCAAAAUGACCAUGACUGGAUUUUCCGAGUUGCAGCAAUGUGCAAUACAAUUAGUCCUCUUCAUUUUAACAGCUAAUCUUAUGAAACACUAGAAUACUUACUAAUGGAAAUGAUCACAUAAUUUAAAGAGAGUAAAUCCCAAAGAAUGCAGUGCUAUAGUAUUAUUCUCAAGUAGUUUAUUGUGUAUGGGGUACUUUAUGGGCUGUCUUCAAAAUUAAACUGCAAUACGCUGUUGACAUCAGGGCUCAUGGGCUUCAAUUUACUUUUUGUUUUGGCACAUUAUAACAAGGACAUAGUUCUCAUGCUAAUGAAUAUGUAUUUUGCCAGUAUGUUAUUUUACCCUUUAAGAACACUGCAUAUGUUUGCAUGUAUUGUUUUACAAUAUGACAAACUAAUUACACUAAGCAAAGAAUAAAGCAUAUAAUUGA